AUGGCCACCUCCAUCACCUCCACUCCACGCACCCGACCUCAAUACCUUCCCCACCACAUCCCUGACCCGUCCUACGUCCGCAUCCUGGACACCACUCUCCGCGACGGAGAACAGUCCCCGGGCGCCACCAUGACCUCUCAGGAGAAGCUCUACAUCGCGCGCCAAUUGGCAAAGCUGGGGGUCGACGUCAUUCAGCCGGGGUUCCCCUCCGCCUCCGACGAUGACUUCAUGGCCGUCAAAAUGAUCGCGCAGGAGGUUGGGAACAGCGCCGGUGCCGACGGGCACGUGCCAGUCAUUGCCGGCUUCUGCAGGUGCGUUCGGAAGGACAUUGCCCUUGCAUGGGAGGCUGUGAAGCACGCGAAGAGGCCUCGUCUUUGUACUUCCAUUGCAACCAGCGCCAUUCACAUGGAGCACAAGUUGAGGAAGAGUAAGGAUGAGGUUCUUCAAAUCGCCAGGGAUAUGGUCGCAUUCGCUAAGAGUUUGGGUUGCAAUGAUAUUCAGUUCGGUGCUGAAGAUGCUACCAGAUCGGAGAGAGAGUUUCUGUAUGAAAUUCUUGGAGUAGUUAUUGAGGCAGGAGCAACAACUGUGAACAUUGCUGACACUGUAGGCAUACUAAUGCCAUUCGAGUUAGGGAAAUUGAUUGCUGAUGUAAAAGCCAACACCCCAGGAAUUGCAAAUGUUAUUAUUUCCACCCACUGUCAUAAUGAUCUAGGGCUUGCUACUGCUAACACCAUCGAGAGUGAAAGCUACUUUCAGGGUGCUCGUGCAGGUGCAAGGCAACUAGAAGUAACAAUUAAUGGGAUUGGGGAAAGGGCUGGCAAUGCUUCAUUGGAAGAGGUUGAAGAAUACUCGGGUAUGCAUUUACAACCUCACAAGGCUCUUGUUGGAGUUAAUGCAUUUGUCCAUGCUAGUGGCAUUCAUCAGGAUGGAAUGCUAAAACAUAAAGGUACAUAUCAAAUAAUAUCUCCUGAGGAUAUUGGCCAUAAAAUAUCAACUGGAAUUGGUAUUGUGCUUGGAAAGCUUAGUGGACGCCAAGCUUUGAGAAAGCGACUAGAAGAGCUCGGUUAUGAACUUAAGGAGGAAGAAGUUGAUAAAUUGUUUUGGCACUUCAAAGCAAUGGCUGAGAAGAAAAAGGUUAUAACUGAUAUGGACCUCAAAUCAUUGGUAUCACAUAAAGCUUUCCAUGCAGAACCGAUAUGGAAGCUCAGUGAUUUACAAGUGACUUGUGGAACUUUGGGUCUUUCAACUGCAACUGUAAAACUUGUUAGCAUUGAUGGCACAACACAUGUGGCUUGCUCAAUUGGUACAGGAGCUGUGGAUUCAGCUUACAAGGCCAUCAACAUCAUUGUCAAGGAACAUGUAAAAGUUCUGGAAUACUCAUUGAGUUCAGUCACAAAAGGCAUUGGUAUGAGUGCCACUGCAAGUGUUGUAAUUUGUUGGGAGAACAGUAAUCCAUGUACAUAUGCUUCCGCUAGAGAUUCUAUUUAUCCAACGUUUAGUGGGACUGGAGCAGAAAUGGACGUGGUUGUUUCAAGUGUCGAGGCUUAUCUAGUGGCAGUCAACAAGCUGUUACGAUGCAAAGAAUCAUUACACUCAGAAUGA